AGAGAACGUGGGAGGCGGGGCCUACGGGAAGGGCGUGGCCUUGAGUAGCGUGGAGGGGAACUUGCUGGAAAGAGGCCGCGGAAGCCUCGGGAGCUUCAGGAGAACCGCCGAGGAGAUUAGAAAGGCCUGAGUUGCCUGUGUCGAUGUAAGAUGGCGGAGUAGGAACGCGGUGCGAUAGGUGUUCAGGCUACCGGCUGACUUCGUAUCCAGUCUCUGCAGCGGCAGGAACCACUGAGCAAAGAGCGCGUCCGUGUAGUUGCCCAAAAUGCCUAAUAUUAAAAUCUUCAGCGGGAGCUCCCACCAGGACUUAUCCCAGAAAAUUGCUGACCGCCUGGGCCUGGAGCUAGGCAAGGUGGUGACUAAGAAAUUCAGCAACCAGGAGACCUGUGUGGAAAUUGGAGAAAGCGUACGUGGAGAGGAUGUCUACAUCGUUCAGAGUGGGUGCGGUGAGAUAAAUGACAAUCUAAUGGAGCUUCUGAUCAUGAUUAAUGCUUGCAAGAUUGCUUCGGCCAGCCGGGUGACUGCAGUCAUGCCGUGUUUCCCGUAUGCCCGCCAGGAUAAAAAGGAUAAGAGCCGGGCUCCCAUCUCAGCUAAGCUUGUGGCAAAUAUGCUAUCUGUCGCAGGAGCGGAUCAUAUUAUCACCAUGGAUCUACAUGCAUCUCAAAUUCAGGGCUUUUUUGAUAUCCCAGUGGACAAUUUAUAUGCAGAGCCAGCUGUCCUCAAGUGGAUAAGGGAGAAUAUAUCUGAGUGGAAAAACUGUACUAUUGUCUCACCUGAUGCUGGUGGAGCCAAGAGAGUGACCUCCAUUGCAGACCGACUGAAUGUGGAUUUUGCCUUGAUUCACAAGGAACGGAAGAAGGCCAAUGAAGUGGACCGCAUGGUGCUGGUAGGAGAUGUGAAGGAUCGGGUGGCUAUUCUUGUGGAUGACAUGGCUGACACUUGUGGUACAAUCUGUCAUGCCGCUGACAAACUUCUCUCAGCUGGAGCUACCAGAGUUUAUGCUAUCCUGACGCAUGGAAUCUUUUCUGGCCCAGCCAUUUCCCGUAUCAACAACGCAUGCUUUGAAGCAGUAGUAGUCACCAAUACCAUACCUCAGGAGGAUAAGAUGAAACACUGCUCCAAAAUACAGGUGAUUGACAUCUCCAUGAUCCUUGCAGAAGCCAUCAGAAGAACCCACAAUGGCGAGUCUGUCUCCUACCUGUUCAGCCAUGUUCCUUUAUAACAGAAUAACCUCUGAAGCUUUUUGAAAAUAAACCAACCCAUCCCUCAUGUUUCUUGGUAUUUGAGUUCAGCAGAAGACCCAGCUUGCUCCAGUGUAGAUUUUUACAUUCCGCAUUAGCUACAUUAGAAUUUAGCCUAAAUUGGAAAAGGACAGAUUGUGGUUAACUGCUAGGAUGUCCUACUUGUGUUGUUUCAUCCUGACUUGCUUGUUUAUUUUGUGAGCCUUGCAGCUGGUGACUAGAGGUCAGCUGCUGAAAGAUGUAUGGACUAUUGAGAAUAUUCCACAAGGUCCAUAGGACAUAAUUGACAGAGCUCAUACUCCAUUGCUCGGGAACGCUUUGGGGUUUUUCUUCAUAGCAACAAAGUCAGCCCAUAUGUGAUACAUUUUCAGAGGUUUGUGCUAAACCCUAGCAAGAGCCCUGAGCAUCCUUAAACAUAGUUCCAGUAGUUGAGCACCCUGUCAGGCAGGGGCAGGUAGCUCAAUGCAGUAAUUAGCCUUUGGGAAGAAGAAGCCUGAUCCAUUGCCAUCUGUUUAACUCUAUAGCUUGAAUUCACUACACUGGUUCCUUUCCUUUUGGCUUUACCUUCAGCCAUCUUGACCUUUUCCUAGCCAAAAAUAUCUUGGACUCAGUGAUCAUGGUACUUGUACCAUAAUCCUCUGUAAGAGACUUGCUUCUUGCUUUGUAGCUGCUAACUUUCUCAUUAGAUAACUUGCUGUAGUGUAGUCUUCCCUAGCCUAUUACCACUGUGGCGGUAGCUUUGAGGUGGUGUCUUAGUGCCUUUUGAUUAAGUAUUUAAUUUUCAUCUUCCUUGGAUCCAUUUGGUCUCUCAAUUGAACAGAUUUCUGCUAAACAAUUUGGUGUUAUAGUCUCUUGUUGAGAACUUAAUGUCUGUUAAUGUAUGCAGAAAAAAAUAAGUUGCCUGUGUCAUGGUGCCAUAUUACAGCAAUAGAAAUGUAACACACCAUAAAUAAAUGUUUAAAAACUAA